AGGAUAAGUUCAUUAAAGAUAGAGAUAAUUGUAAGCAGCAAGAAUGUUCAGUAAAGAAAGAUGUACAAACACAUCACAAUCACCUAAACACAAUUUUGUCAUGAAAUGUCUGCUUCCUUUGUUUAAUUCACAUAUACCAAGGUGAGCAACACAGGCUCUUUAGAGGCUCUAGUUUGUUUAGUUAUAAAAUAGGCCAUUUCUUGGUUGAAUUGUCAUGUUUUUCAUGCCAAGUUGACUAAACAGUGUACUUUUCUAAAUGUUGAAGGCAGUACAGUGACCAUUUUGUAUAGGUCAUUUUCAGUUCAGCAUGGAAAAUUGACAUAUAAUCGUCAUAUAACAGAAUGAAAACAUGUAGACUUUUUAUCUUGAAAACCAUCUUAUUGGCUAUGAAAAACAAGCUUAGAAUUUUAUUGAAACCUUUUCUAAAUAACCAGUAAUUUCUUUUGAACAUGGUAACAAUAGAGAUAAAAUAAUGCACCUAUCAAAAAAAAUGUUUCAAUAUACAUGUACUUCUUAACAACAUAAUUACGAUUGCAUAUUGUUCCACAAGAACUUUUUAUUUUAAAAAGUUUAUGACUAGGAAUGACUAGGGUAGUUUUAAAUUAAAGUCAAUUUUGCAAUUUCAACAUUUAUUUCAAAUGACCAACACAGAGUUAAAACAUUUUUAUAAAAUUUCCUUGUAUUGGUAGAAUUGAAAUCAAAAUGUGACCAAUGCAUAUGUUAUUAAUCAUUCAGAAAACUACUAAUUAAAAGCACUUUUGUUAAUUAAUCAUGUAAUUACAUCCUACUCAUUUUCUGACUUUAAAAAUGUGUCAAUUUUCUUACAGCUUAUUAACACAAGCAGAAUUGUUAAUUAACACAAAAUUUAAUCUCAUUUAGCCUUGAGGUACAAAUUGCAAGUACUUCAUUCAUUAAAUUAAGUACUUGUUAAUUUAACCUAAAGAUACAUAAUUAACAAGUACUUGAUGACUGCAUUAAUUACUAAUUAAUCUGUAAUGUGUAAUAAUUACUUGUAAGUAAUUUUCACACAGUUGUAUAGCCUAGGUAUAUAUGUUAUCUGAAAUCUACAUUUGUCAUCAAUUGCAAUUUCAUUUCUUUAUCUAAUAAUCUACAAGUUUUACAUGUUAACAACUUACAAUUAAAAUAUUGGAGAAGAUAUCAUCAUGAAGAACUUGAAUGAUUUAAAUGAUUGGACUUUGAAAGAUGCAGAUAUGCAGAAUGGCUUCCAAAAUGAAAACUACCAAAUGUUAGAAGCAAAUAUGCUUGCUAUCAAAAGACAAGAACAAGAAUUCUUAGCAGAUUUUGAGGAGUUACGACAACAAUUCAAAGACGUAUUGUCCACUGCUGGGAUGAACCAAUCACAGUUCCCGGUUACUCCAAACAAAAAUCUUGUACCAGUUGAUCCCAUGACCCCCACUUUUAUGCUUACACCUAAAGGAUUAACAGAUUUAGACAUUCAGAAAUGCCUGCUAAUCAACACUUUAAAUGACUCCAAAUCAUACAGAGACCAGCUUCAAUCUGAUGGAUGCAGUGAUUCAGAACACUCUCCAAUGUCUACUGAUACUGAGUUAUCUGAUGACGAGGACGAAACUGUAUUUAUUGAAAGGGAGGUAGAAGGAUGUGAAGAAGAGAUUAUUUAUAAUCUAGAAGAUUCAUUUCAAUUUUCUACCUCAUUUGUUACUGGGAAUUUUGUUAAUGGAAACCAAGAGAAGAAACAAUCAUUUGGAUCAUCAAAAAGUCAAGGUUCAAAUCCUCUGGCCUCUUCCACCAUGAUGGAAGAACCAGUAGAUCAAAAGAGAUGUAAACCAGUUUGCAGGGGAGUAUCUGUUCCAAAAGCUUCAUCAACAUUGCUGUAUAAACCACGUCCUGAGAGAAAAAUCCACAAGUCUUUUUCACCUAUAAUCAAGAUUAAAGACCUUCAGAUGAAGCCAUUUUCAUCAAAUGUAUCUCACAAAAGGGAAAUAACUGUAUCUAACAAAAGGGAAGCAACUAUUGCUAAUUCCAAUACAGAAAGUGUAUUCACAUGGUCUCUUCAACAUUCCUCAACGGAUGUGCCUCUAGAGGAAUCUUAUUUGAGAACAGUAAAGAAAAGGUCAAACAGGCCGUCCCAUUCAUCUAGACAGAUGUCAAAGGUCACGGUCAGGUCUCACAAGAUGGCUUCAAAACCAAAUCUACUUCCAAAUGAGACAGUUAAUGGAAUGUCUUUGAUAAAAGGGAAAUCUACACACAAGAAUGAAAUACUGUCUGACAGUUUGAGCAUAGAAUACCCACUUUACAAUUCAUCCAAAACAAUUCCUCGAUGUAGUACAAAGGCCAAUAUGCAGAACUAUAAAGCCAAAGACAGUCCAGAUGAUAAAGUAUUUAAGAAACCUGUUGUUACUUCCAAUGAUGAACAAGUUCAUGUUGAAAGGAAAAAUUCUGUUGUAAAAAAACUUUUAAAAUUCAGAGAAAGUUUUAAAAAGAAGAAUGGCACAACUGAUUUACGUACCCUUGCAAUGUUAUAAAGGCUUAGAAUGACAAUUUAUAGAUUUAUAUGAACUUAGAACUGUUAUAGUGCUAU